CCGUCCAGCUGCCGGCCGGGAGGACGCGGAUCCGAGGAGAGGUGGGGCGGGCCGCGUCCCGGAGCCCAAGCGCAGGUUCCCCGCAGCCGUCUGCUAAGCCUGGGGCAGGAGUGGGGCUGGUCAUCACCGGAGUCGACAGCCAAGCAGGACUCCGUGCGCCCCUCAAAGCCCCCACCCGGUGGCCGAGCCCCUGCGCGGUGAAGGGGGCUUGGCACCGCUCCCACCGGGACCGGGACGGGACCCUUGAACUAGACCCCCAGCCGGACUUUAGCGUUUCUGCGGGGGCGUGGAGAGCAGGGCUGGGGGACGGUCGACAGGGCCGCCCCUAACGCUAGGCGCCCCCAGCAGGCCGGAGGGACCGCCUUUCCCAGGUUCGCGCUGCCCUCGGGCUCGACAGCCACCAUGUCUUCACCCCCGGUGGAUUCGUCGGGCUCCUUGCGCGGGGACCACGCCUGACCCUACGGCGCGAUGACUGCGCCCAAGAGAAAACGCCUUGAGCUGGAGAUAGGAGGCACUUGCCCCAUUGACAGAUUCACAGGAAGAGAACCAAAGACUUGUGACAGGGCCCGCGUGGCCUCCACUCUGAGCUACUGCAUGAUGGCCAGCGGCAUGGUGGUCCUAGUGGCUGGGACCCUCUGCUUCGCCUGGUGGAGUGAAGGGGACGCAGGCCCCCCGCAGUUGGCCCUGCCCACUGGAUGCCCUGAGCCUGAGGCCCCUGGUGCCCUGCUCAGGUCGGUCAGCUUCUUCUGCUGUGGUGCAGGUGGCCUGCUGCUGGUCUUCGGCCUGCUGUGGUCUGUCAAGGCCAGAACCCAGAAGCUGCCUCGAUGGGACCCAUACCACCUCUCCAGGGACCUGUACUACCUCACGGUGGAGUCCUCAGAGAAGGAGAGCUGCAGGUCUGGUGCAGCUGUGGGGAGUGGGGGCCACAGGACCCCAAAGGUGAUUAUUGUCCCCACUUACGAGGAGGCUGUGCGCUGCCCUCUGGCUGGGGGAUUCUCAACACCACCUGCGUCCCCUGUGGAGGAAGACCUGGAGUGCAGUGCCUCAGGGGAUGCCCUGCCUGGGGCCCAGCCCCCCUUGCCUCCACCUAGCUAUGAGAGCCUCAUCUUCUCUACUGGUGGCAUCCCUAGAGAGACAGCACCUGGGGCUGCAUGCUCCCUCACGGGCCCUGUUCAGAUUGCAGAGGGUGGAAGUUAAAGUCUUCUAGCAGGCCUGGAAGCUGGAGACCAGUGAUGGGCCUCUUCUAAGUGUCUGGUCCAGUGCCUGAUACACGCAGGCAGUCAACAAAUACUGCUGAAGGCUGUUUUGUUUUUUCUAUUGCUGUGUAACAAAUGGCCGGAAAUAAAUCCAUUUUAUUAUCUCUCA